AUGGAAAGAAUCGACCGACCACCCGCGAGGUUUGACUUGCUUACAAACUCACUGGUGUAUCGUUGGCAGACAACCGCACAAUACGCGCGUAAGAUAUCUGGUCCUAUGCGAGAGUGGGCGGCUGAGCUGAAGUACCGUACCGGUGUGCACAUCGAGCUUGAGCCAACUUAUCCGAAUCGACUUUUGAUGACUGCAGCGGAGGGGGGUUACACGAGUGCGGAUGAGGUAGACAUUACGGUAUACUUGUUUGGUAGCGAACGUGGUAUUUUGAACUGCCAACAGCUGAUGGAGACGAUCAUGGAACUGGAGCCGGCGUAUGUUCGCCUUGGCGUGUUCCGCCGCCUGCCUGGUACCACCAGUCCCGGUGAAGUGGAAUGGCUGAUGCUGCGCCGCAUCAACCGCGAGCUGCGCCCCCCUGACAUCCCACCAAUCUCGCUCAAGCUCCCUGGCAAGUGGACGUUCCUUUACGAACAGUUCAAGGAGGCUGCCAUCCGGUCCCUUUGGGAGGAGACGGGCAUCACCGUGAAGCCGAGUGACGUCUUCCCGACGGCGAGGCUGUUACAGUCCAUCCCAGCCUUCUAUUGGCGUGUGCCGGUUCACUAUUUUGUCGCGGAGGUGCCCUACGAUGUAGAGGUGCUGGGGCCGCAGGUGACGCCGAGCACGUACGUCCUCCACUGGGAUUCACAACUGCUGCGGAGCUCUCCUGAUCCCAUCGACCGCGUCUGGGCGCAGCUGGCGAACCCAGAGACGGGAUGUGGCUGGAUGCGGCGGGAGAUCAUCGACGAGCUGCAGCGGCCGCUUCGUGGAGACAACUACAUUGCAGUUCGCUACACGCCGCCACCGUACUCAAACCUUGCCCCUACCCUGGGGUUUGAUAUUCCGACUGAGAAGGAUGCACAGGAAAAGGCCAACGGAGCUGACAGUGAUGAAUAG